CCCCUGAGGCCUGGGCGAGAGUCACCCAGUGCCUACGCCGCUCCGGCACAGGAUUGUCCCCAGGGCCCGGCCAUGGCCGGCCGGAGUGGCGGCAGCAACUGCAGCCCGGGCCACCUGAACGAGGACAACGCGCGCUUCCUGCUGCUCGCCGCGCUCAUCGUGCUCUACCUGCUGGGCGGUGCCGCCGUCUUCUCGGCGCUAGAGCUGGCGCACGAGCGCCAGGCCAAGCAGCGCUGGGAGGAGCGCAUGGCCAAUUUCAGCCGCCGCCACAAUCUGAGCCGCGAAGAGCUGCGCGGCUUCCUCCGCCACUAUGAGGAGGCCACCGCGGCUGGCAUUCGUAUGGACAACCUCCGCCCGCGCUGGGACUUCACCGGUGCCUUCUACUUCGUGGGCACUGUCGUGUCCACCAUAGGGUUUGGGAUGACGACUCCAGCAACAGUAGGAGGAAAAGUCUUUCUGAUUUUUUAUGGCCUCAUUGGGUGCGCAAGCACCAUCUUGUUCUUCAACCUCUUCCUGGAGCGCCUGAUCACUGUCAUUGCCUACAUUAUGAAAUCAUGCCACCAGCGGCGGCUCCGGAGACGAGGACCCUUGGCCCAGGAGAACCUAAAGGACCCGAGGAAGUCUGAGGUGGAUAGCUUGGCUGACUGGAAGCCCUCGGUGUACUAUGUCAUGCUGAUCCUGUGCCUGGCCUCCCUCCUCAUCUCCUGCUGUGCCUCCGCCAUGUACGCCCCCAUGGAAGGGUGGAGCUACUUUGACUCAUUAUACUUCUGUUUUGUGGCUUUCAGCACCAUUGGUUUUGGGGACCUCGUCAGCAGCCAGAAUGCCCAGUAUGAGAGCCAAGGCCUUUACCGCUUUGCCAACUUUGUCUUCAUCCUUAUGGGCGUCUGCUGCAUCUACUCCUUGUUUAAUGUCAUCUCCAUCCUCAUCAAACAGUCUGUUAACUGGAUCCUGAGGAAAAUGGACAGCGAGUGCUGCCAACGAUGCCAAAGAAGACUGUUCCGGUCACGGAGGAAUGUGGUCAUGCCGGACAGUGUCCGUAACCGGUGCAACAUUUCUAUAGAAACAGAUGGGGUGAUGGAGAGCGACACAGACGGGCGGCGUCUCUCGGGGGAGAUGAUCUCCAUGAAGGACUUCUUGGCAGCCAACAAGGUCUCACUGGCCAUCCUCCAGAAGCAGCUGUUCGAAACGGCCAAUGGCUGCCCCCGCCAGACCAGCACACUAUCCCGGGAAAAUGAAUUUUCAGGGGGUGUAGGAGCCUUGGCAAUAAUGAACAACAGGUUGGCAGAGACAAGUGGGGACAGGUAGAAGCAAGGAGUGGACACUUGGUAUGGAGGCCUGGGGGACAGUGGGGAAUGAGGGGAUUGUCAUCCAAAGGACCAGCUCAGCUUUGUGUCUUGGCUUGGUUCAUUUUGGAAGCUGCUCUUUUUAGCCUAUUCAAGCCGAAUUUGAUCCCUGGGUGAUGCUAACAGUUCAGCGCUAGGCUACGAACCAAAAGUUUGGUGCUUCGAACCCACCCAGAGGAACCUUGGCAGAAAGACCUGGUGAUCUCCUUCCAAAAGGUCCACAGCCUGUGGAGUGCAGUUCUACUCUGAAAUACAUGGGGGUGCUACAAGUCAGGAUCGUCUCCACAACAACUGGUUUGGCUUUAGUUUAGGCCCAACUUGAGAAAUUGGAUCUUUCUGGCUCCAACAACCACCUCCCAGGGCUCUGUGAAUGUGAAGCCUCAAUGCCUUUCUCUUUAUUCUUUAAAUCAGUCUUUUAAAAAUGAAUCACAAAACAGCAUAAGAGAUUGCAUUAUUUCUUUACUCAUCUUGCUCCAGGUUUAACUGCCCAAAGGAGGUAGGGUUUCCUGCAGCUCUAUUCUUCUGUUGGAAAUAAAGACCCUGAAGAUCCUGGUUUUUCCCUGGAACUCUGACUGAAUUCACUGCCUCACUCUUUCAGAAAAAGAUGGGGGUGGGGGGGUGGUACUGGAAUAUAUUGGAGCUUCCCUUCUCAUGGACCUCCUUCAGAACAGGUCAGUGGGAAGUACCAUGGACAGGGAAAACAUCUGUUCCACCUUUUAUACUUGCUGGUCUGAUUUUGGGGUUUUCUUUUUAAAAGAUCUUAAUGCUUGGCUAAGAUGUUAUCUCCUUUAGGUUGUGGCUCUCUGUGAGACCUCAGUGUGGUAAGAAAGCUAAAUUCUGCCUCAGGCCUUUAAACUGCAGUGAGGUGGUGGGGCUCACUUUCGUAAAUGAAGAACACAGCUUAUUAACACUUUCUCUUUGAAUGGGCACAUAAACCAUUUCAUUUUUACCAGGCCUUGGGGCCCCAUUGCAAAAAUAACAUCUGAGUAUUUAUUAGAACUGAAAAUUUAAUAAAUUCCUCACUUUAUUAACCAAGAUUACGUGAGUGCUCAUUAUGGACAGUGGGGGAAAACACCUAAUUAAGCAUUUAUUGUGUCAGAGAGAAAGGAAAGGGGAAAUUAGCCUAAAGGCCUUUAGGGAUAUGAGCAUCAUCUUGGAGUGUUGGCUGGAGAAACAUUCUAGGCCAGAUAAUGAAAUUUGGCUUCUCUUGUCUAAUCCAUUUUAGUCCUGCCUUUUGGAACUGUAACAAGUCUAGUUCAAUAACUUCCAAGCAAUCAAAACGUGCACAUAGGGAAAAAGACUCUUGGUCUUCUUCAUAUAUGAAGAAGAGAACAUUACAGGGAU